AUGGCUGAAGGCAGCACUUACCACGUUUCUGAUGAUAAACCUCCUACUUGCAAGGUGUGUUUCAAAACUUUUACCAAAAAGAGUUGUCUCACAACUCACGAGAAGAUCCACACGGGUGUCAAGUCCUACGUGUGUGGAGUUUGUCCACAAGCUUUUGGUAAAAAGAGCUAUUUAAUGAAACACGAAAGGAUCCACUCGGGCAUAAAGCCCUACAGCUGCGAAUUUUGUUCGAAAACUUUCGUUUAUAAAUAUAAUGUUACACAACACCAGCAGACACACACGGGUGUGAAGCCUCACACCUGCGAGGUGUGUUCGCAAGCUUAUAACAAGAAAGGGGAUUUAACAAGACACAUGUUGAUCCACACAGGCGUUACGCCAUUCACCUGCGAAAUGUGUUCACUUGCUUUCAGACACAAGGGUAAUCUUUUAAAGCAUCAGCAGAGCCACAUGGACGAGAAACCCUAUACCUGUAAAGUGUGUAAACAAACAUUCCAUAACGAGAUGAGCCUUUCGAAGCACGAAUCGACCAAUAAAUGCGCAAGGCCUUUAGCUUCCGUUGAUCAGCAGACCCACACGGGCGUGAAACCUUUUGGGUGUACAAUUUGUUCAAAAAGUUUCGCUAAAAAGUACAAUCUUACAGUUCACAUGAGGAUCCAUACAGGCCUAAAACCUUUUGCCUGUGAUGUGUGUGGAAAAGAUUUUUCUAUAAAGAGUAACCUUGAAGUGCACAAGUGGACCCACAUGGAAGUAAAGCCGUUCAGUUGCGAGGAGUGCUCGCGGCCUUUCAUUCGCAAAUGUAUUCUUAAUGCGCACAUGGGUCAGGUACACGCCCACCACUGCACCGAGUGUUUACUAACUUUUGUCCGGGCCCACGAGUUGAAAAUUCACAUGCGCGAUCAUUUGUCUUUUACCGGGAAAGAGACUCAAUAA